GCAUCGACUCUCCUGCUUGAUAGCUUGUUUGAUAGUCCGAAAAGUUCGAGUUUACCGUCUGCGGUUAAUUCUCAUUUCAACAUGGAUGACACUGAAAGUUUAGAAAUCAGGUAUUUCGCCUCUUAAUUACGUCUAUUUCUUUUACACAACCGUCUUAUAACUGUUUGGCGUCACUUUUGUCCGUAGCAGUUAAGCUAGGUGAAACAGUGUUAACUCUGUGACUCGUAUCUUUGCUUCUUCCCUCUCUUUGCAGCUGGAUACAAGGUUUUACAAACAAGAGCAUCGCGUUUGUCGACAACAAAACCGUAUGCUACCCUUGUGGGAGUCAUAUCUCUUUCCUGAACUUAGAGACAAAAACGACAAGUGUGUUCAAAAGUCCUGGUAGAGGCGUUGGUGCAUUCACAGCCAAUGGCAACAGUGGGAUUUUUGCCUUCUCAGAGCAAAAGUUAUGUCCAUCUAUAUUUGUAUACGUUUUUGAAGAGCUGCACUUGAAGAAUGAACUCAAAGGUGAGCAGAUACUACUCUCCAAAAUCAAACAAAUACCUUAAUCCGAGCUGUUUUCAUACUAUUCCAAUAGAUAGGCCUGUUUUCUGAAUUAUUAAAAUACUCCCCCACCAUAAAUAGAGCUUUUGGCUGUAAUAGUAAUAAUAAUAAUAACUUUCUUUGUACAGCACUUUUAAAAACAGAAGUUUACAAAGUGCUUUGACAUAUAGUCAAAGGAAAAAGACAGAUAAAAACAAAAAGCUCAGUUAAAACGGAAUUAAAGGCCAUUUUCAUGUCACAAGAAACCCAGACAAUACAAGAAUCAUGCAACAUAAAAUGAGACCUUGAGGAACAAAACUAAAAAAUAAAAUAGUUAAGAAUAAAGAAAAUGCAAUUAAAAGGGAGAUUAAAAGCAGAAACAGGAUAGUAAAUAUAAAAGGCAAUAUCAACAAUGAUAAUAAAAUAAUAACAGGUAAUACUGUUAAGAAAAGAGUACAAGUAUAACAAAAGCUAAAAAGACAGUAAAGCUGAAAUAAGAUAGAGGUCAAAAAGAUAAAAGAUAUAAGGUGGCAUCACACAAAAGCAAGUCUGUAAAAGUAAGUUUUUAAAUCUGACUUAAAAGAACCCCCUUUUAUCCUCUGGCAGGUCUUUCCAAAGUCGAGGAGCUCUGAUGGAGAAAACUCUGUCACCUUUAGUUUUGAGUCUCGACUUUGGAACGACCAGGAGGCCUUUGCCAGAGGAUCUGAGGCUGCGAGUUGGCUCAUAUGGUAUUAACAGCUGUGAAAUGUAGACUGGAGCAAGUCCAUUGAGUGCUUUAAAAGUAAUCAAUUAAAUCUUAAAAUCAAUUCUAAAACUGACAGGACGCCAGUAAAGGGAGGCUAAACUUGGAGUGAUGUGAUGCCGUCUAUUAAAACCAGUUAAAGCCUAGCUGCUGCAUUCUGAACUAUGCAUCUGUAUGUUUGCAUCUAUCCAACAUAAUAACUUUUCUCUCAUCUUCAAAAGCUCAGCAAUGUUUUUUUUUUCAGGGGGUGCUCAACUAGAUUAUACAUCUCUGACACUGAGCGAUGGUGGUUCUUAUUUAGGCUGCUGUUCAUCUCUACCUGAGCACGCCAUAACAGUGUGGUAAGCCAGUGAGAGUUGUAUGCUAUAGCACAGAUUGUGUGCAACAUAUUUUCAUUCAUGUUCAUUUGGACUGAUCGUCUCUGUCACUGUGAUCACGUAUGUAUGAUGCAGGAAUUGGGAAAAUGCUGAGCAAAUCUGUACAAAACCAAAUGCUGGGCAGGGGGUUGUUUCGUUGCAUUUCAACCCCAUGAAAUGGUUCCAGCUUUGUGCCUUGAGCGCCACAGGCCUUACUGUGUGGAAUAUUGAGAAGGGUGGCAGCUUUCACGUCCUGAAACCAAGGUAAGAAAACCCAUUGCAUGUGAUAUAAAUGCAAAAUCAAACUACCGUAUGAGAAUUAUUAUAAGCUAUGUUGUAUGUUUUGCAGUGUGAUUAAUCUUCCAGCAACUGAUGGAUCCUUUGUUGAAAGUCUGACCCCGACUUUUCAUACUGUUAAUGAAAAAAUCCCCUAUUUUGGUCCAGAGAUGCCUCCAUCAGCCAUAGCAGGGCUCAGUGGGGACAGGGCAGAAAGCAUUGUGGUAUUAACCCAGCAUCAUUUGCACACAAAUAUCUACAAACUAAAUACAUUUUCACCAAUUAAUACAUUUGUUCUGCUGAUUCAACUGUAUACAAUAUGUUCACACAGACAAAACUCUGCUCCAAGGCCAAGCUAACUCCUACUGCCAUCUGCUGGACGACCAAGUCAGAGCUUUAUGUGGGCUGCGCUGAAGGCUUUCUUCUGCUUGUUGACAUGGAGAGCCUCUCUGUCUCAAUCCUCUUUAACCCCACAAGUAAAACACUCUUUCUUACGCACAAACCAGGACUCUAGGAUGUUGAAGAUACUUGAAAAAUAACCAGUUCGUGUAUCUGUACUCUUCCAUUAGAUAGUUAACUUUUUUUUCCACUAGAAAAAAGAACUGAGCCAUGUUUUUGUGUAAUAUUUUCAGCGGCUGAUGCGAUUCCUGAGCUCAGGUGGAUCAGCUUUCAAGGUUUAACCCUUGGCAAGAAUGGUUUGACUGCUGUUGGAAAGGUAUCAUCCUACUUUGGUCAAAGUCACAUUUUCUCCAACUACUAUAAUCCUAUAACAUAACUUCCUCAUGUUUUACAGGACUGCAUGGUGCACUGUCUGCAUGUCAAAGGGACUCAGAUAUCCGUGUCCCAAACGUGGCAAAUAGCCGGUCCUGUCUCAACUGUGAUGUACUCACCAGACUAUGAGACGAUACUUUUAUCCUCAAAUACAGUAAGUUUGCCACUAUAGUGUAGCCUAUUGUGCACAAACACGUGCUAUUCUAUCAAAUAAAAACAUUAUGAGAGGAUAAAAAAAGUUUCUCAUCCAUCAGGGGCAAAUCUACAAGCUGAAUCCAACAUCAAAUGAGGUUGUGAAGGUCCUGGAUGCUCUCAGUAGCAAUUUUGUGGCAGCAGCUCAAUCGCACACUGACAGGAACAUUUGUGUGGUAAAACUUGCGCUGCUCAAGAAUUACAUAGUCUGGUGCAGUUUGGUUCUUUUGUGCGAGUGCUGAUGUUUGUGUGUGUUUUUGUUGGUUGCAGUCAGUGAGGGAGACCGGAGAACUGCAGCUGUGGUCCACAGAUGGCCUUUGCCUUGGUUCCCUGCCGCUUCAGACUGAGGUCGGAUUUAUGACAUGUGACAAAACCAACAGAGCCACGUUUAUACACUUGGUCUCUAACUAUUCGUACACUAUACUAACUUUGAUAUGCAUGACUUACAUGUAACAAUACAAAAACUAACAAAAUAGAAGCAAACUCAAAGCCUGUGCUGUUUUUGUUAAGGUGACAAGUCUGGCCUGCUGUCCUGUUGCACAUUAUGCAGCCGUGGGAACGUCUUCAGGAUAUGUCCUCUUUAUUGACCUGAACAGGGAGCAGCAGCCUCGCUUGGUGCAUCAGAUUCACUUGUACCACACUCCUGUGGAUAACCUUGUGUAAGUAUCCUCUGUCCUUUGAUGCUUAAGGGUUUCAAGACUUUAUUUUCAUGAAUUUAACUCAUAGUUAAAGAGUUGUCUGUUUUAUGAGUAAGAUAUUGUGAUCUAUAAAACAGGUACAUUAUCUUUACUCAUAAAACACGAUUACAGCUUUGUGCUUCUGUUCAUGAAUCAUCAAACGCGGUUCAUUGUUAUGAGCGUUCUUCAUGUGCUUCAUGUGUUUUAUCCUUACAGUUUUGAUAAAGAAGGACACUACCUUUUCACCGCUGCCUCAGAUGCUCAUAUUUAUGUCCUGGAUGCAAAACCCUCACAAAGUUUUGCAGUCCGCGGAUACACAGGUAUACAGUCUUCUCAACUGAUGAGACAUGAUUUUGCUCUGCGUGAUUUCACCAGGCGGAACAUGUACCAACAUUAGAUCAACCAAUCACAACCCUCUAACAUCAUCAGCCUCCUGAUCCUCUCCCUCUCACAGAAGUCCUUUGUAAAUCCACCAAACAGGGGUGUGAUUAUUUCCUCUUCCUUUGAUGGUGGUUUGGAGAGAAAUGGUUGUUAACAAAAGCAAGUACUUACUCACUAACCCUGGUUAAGCUUGUAGAGCUGUGGCUUUGAGUAGGCUCUUCAAUAUAUAUAUAUAGUUGAGCUGCCAUUAGUGGUGAUGUCAACCUUCACCCUACAGUUUUUUUCCAGAUGUGCUAAUUUUAACCUAGAAAACUCAGUUAAGUAGCAAUGAAUUAUGAAGUAAACCUAGACGCAACAAGCUGUCACAGGAUCGUGCUUGGUUGUUGUUACAGGAUCCUUAUGUUGGGUGUUGAUCUGGGAACAUGUCCUAGUGGGUAAAUUUGGAUCAAGCCUCUCAUACAUAUCAUACCACUGUAUAUGCAAUACUAAGGCCAUUUUGGCACCGGGGACUUGAUAAGUAGUUAUUAAAGCAUCCUCUAACUAUAGAAAACAAUCUUUUUGAUGAUAUCAUGUUGAAAUAUAGCUCAACUUCUGUCAUUUCUGAUUCCUUCCCAGUUGUUCCUGGACCCAUUUUGUCCUUGUCCACUCAAAAUAUCACAAAGUCCAAUCGGGUGAAAGUUCUUGCUUUGUGCAGUGGACAGGGAAGCAGACAUCAGGAUAGUGGUAACCUUCUUAUGGUGCUCUCUCUGCCUACUGAGGAUCUCUCAGGUACAGCACUGUAUGAGAUUUUUACACCUCAUAUUCUGUUUUAAAAUGGUCUGGUUUUUUUUAUAUAUCUUUUAUUUAUGAGAGGCAAGUAGACAGUUCCACUUCAGAGAGGUACAAGUUCUUUCCUUUCUAACUUUGAACAUAAAUGAACCAAGAACACCCCCAACCCCUGAAUCUCCCAUCCAGCCAGAUGACAUUUAGAAAAUAGACGAUACACUUACAAAACAGACAGUAAAUAAAAUAUAAAUAAAUAUACAUAUAUAUGCGUACAUAUAUAUCGAACAUAUAUAUAUACAUAUAUAUUCAUACACAUAUCAGAUAGUAAACAUGACAAUAACAACAGUAAUUAAAAUAAAUAUAUGGAUCAAUAAUUUCAAAAAGGAGGAAGAAAGGGAACAUUAAUAAAAAAUAAUUUAAAAAAAAUUAAAUUAAAAAACGAAAAAAAAAAUGUAAUAAUAAUAAUUAUUAUCAUAGUAAAGUUAAAAAUUAAAAAUUCUGCUGCGGGUAGUUACCCCCUGGCAUACAGGCACAUUAAGACGGAUGCCACCCCAAUCAUAGAAAAAUACUUAUGGAGCGAUUACUUGUGCUAGUAAUCUAUCUAGAUACUUCAAUAGUGGUUUCCAAUGUUUGUAAAACCUAGCACUGAGUGAGAACUUCAUUUUUUCUAGUUUUAAAAGACCUAAAAUGUCAUGCCAACAGAUUUUGAUAGAUGUAGGUUGAGGAGAUUUCCAUAAGAGUGAGAUUUGCUUACGAGCAAUGAGAGAGAACACAAUAAUGUUUAAAACUGUCUUUAUAUUGAGAUUAACAUUGAUCCGGAGCUAUAUCACACAAGUCAUCGUAAAUUAAGCCGUUAGAUGUCCAGUUAGGGGAAGGUUUAUGGUAAUAAAGUGAAAAUAAAGGCCAGAUGUGCUCCUCUGUGAAAAAAUGUCACAAGUUUUGUAGCUUGCUGCUUCUUUUACGACACAGUUACACUAUCUAAAGCUGUAAAUUAUGUUCAGAAUCAGAUUUCAAUACUGCUCCUACUGCGCUAAGGCUGGGGAUCUCAUCAUUCAUCCACAGGAAGGCUCUGACAGUGGACUUCAAUUUUUCUUCUAAAGAGAUAAUCAUAGCCAGAAACAGUAGCAUAAACGAUCAGAAACACUCAACCAGAUCCUCUUGUCCUAAUGUUUAGACAUGUGGUCACUCACACAAUUAAAGAAAGAGAGACUAACGGCCGAGCAGUUCAAAAAGACACACCCUUUGUUUAUUCAGACUUGGAAACUAUGUUGAACAAGACAGACCAUGAGGCAGACAGCUCUCUGGAGGAAAGAGCAAACAUCAAGUCUAGGGAGUGGCAGCAUUGAGAGCUGCGACAGACACUCACUAAAAAAAUGCAUGCGGGGUGCUGAAAAGAGCAUUCCUUGUACUGUUAAAACAUCCUUUAGACUCUUUUGUGCUCAUGAAGGCUCCGAAAUACCUUAAGAUUAUGUAACAUGAUGACUGACAAAUGCUUUGGACACUUCUUUUCUUUUAUUUAACCACAUUUUUAGAAUAUUUCUUAUCAUAUUUGUAGGUCCAGAUUGUGUAGACAAACACGGUUGUCUGUCCACCAACAUCCUGAAGGUGUCCAGGUAUGAGGUGCCCCACCCUCUUGAGUCCUGUGUCCUGGGAGUCUCUGAGGUUUUUGCGUACUGCCACAAGAGGAAAACCCUUCAGAGAUUCCAGCUUCCCCAGGUUUACUGCUUCUUCAUGAGUUGAAUUUUAGUGAUCCUUGGUCUCCUUUUUGAAAGGAAAUGUGUGUCUCUUGGUGUUUUGAAAUCCCCCUGUAAUGUAUUUGUGUAAUCAUUGUCCCAUGCUCUGAUUUCUAUUUGCCAAGAACACAGACAAUCUCCCCAGUCAAGAGGUAGUCCAACUAAAACCAGAGCAGGAAGUGAGGGGUCACCCCCUUGGCCCGGCCUCUCUCGCUUUGUCUCCUCACAAUUUAUGGCUGGCUUCUGUUGGCCGCGAUGGCUUAUUACGUAUCAGAGAAACUGCUUUCAUGGUGGGAGCUCAUUUUAUUUUGUGAAAACUUAUAUUUUCAUUGUCUGAAGCAUGUGUUACAAAGCAAUCCCUGCACUUACAGGAGCAGUAUACUGAGCUGCAGUGUCAUUCAUGCCGUCUUUCUGGAGUGAGGAGUGUGUCCUUCUCUGCAGACAGUCGGAGUCUUCUUACUGUUGGUCUAAAAGACGGCUCUCUUAUCUGCACUAAUCUCAGGUAAAUCUCAGCUCUGAGUCACGCUUACAUAAUACAUCACUGCGAACACCAGAGGGAACUGUUGCUCACAGGCGUUAUGCCACUCUCGGGCAGUUUGGUGUAGUUUACAGACAGAGUUUUCCCUUUUAAAGAGGAUUUUUUCCUCUUUUAGAGCUGGCUGUGAGACAAUAGUAAAUAAAUACAUGUGAAGUGCUGGGUUGAGUGGAGUCACGGCCAUAAAAACUCUUCACAGAACAGUCUGCACUUGGAAUCAAAUCCCUUCCAGUCUCCACAUCUGCCUCCCAUGCUCGCUCUUGUGUUUGUGUUUUAUAAAUCAUUCCUUUUAUGUUUCUGGUUAGCACAACCUCUCAAAUAUCUUUAAUCAAUGUUAUUUCAAUAAUCCAGACACUGCACGUUUUUAACAUUUGGUGUUUGACUCAGUCUAAUCUCUUGGCAGCUUAAAGUGUUGAAAACAAGGGGAUUUAAAGGACAGUUUUAUUGUUCUGAUUUUUAGCUUUAAUAUCAACAAAUCCUUAAAAAGGCUGAAACUAGGACGUCAGUUUGGUUUAGUUGGAUGAGCUUGUACGGAGGAGACAGCGUGUGUCAUGCUGGUUGCAGUCUUGAUUCUUGGUUCUGGCAUGACUAGUUGCUUGUCAUUCCCCCCUGUCUAUCUUCACAUUUCCUUUCUCUACAAAGCUUUCCUAUUGAAAUUGAUCAUUAUAGUAGUAAUAAUAACAACAAGUGUCAUUUUUAUUUAUGUAGCACUUUCUCUACAGUGAGCAACAUGAAAUACACUGUAAAUACAAACUAAACAAGGGAAAAUGACAAUGCAGUAAGAGUAAAACAAAAUAAAAGGUAAAAGAAAUUCAUACUGAUGUCAAAGCAUUCUUUAAGAAGAAAUAUUUGAAGGAUUAGUUGAGAUUAGAAACAGAUUUAGCAGGUAAAUCAUUACAGAGCUUCCAGAGAAAAGGUGACUUCUAUCAUUCCAUUGGGGGACUUAUUCUGUCAUUAUGAACAACUGGGCACUUUGGUUUUCUUUAAGUCAGAUCCAAAUAACAGUAACAGUCCUUUUACUGGUGAUUGAGUAUACUUUUCAAAGUAAAUACAGGCCUUUCCUGUCAUGAGAAUUAACUGAAAUAUGCUUACGUCAAUAAUAUGUACAUACAUUUUUGAACUAUGCUGCAAAUGGUAUCAGGGGGCACUGUUGUCAGGGGAAAAAAUGGUGGUGAAACAAAUCUAGAUUUUACAUUCUGUAGAGAAGUUCUGUUGUAGCCUGCUCUAUCUAUUUUAAUCCUUUCCUAUCUAUGGACUGAGUAAUAUUUAUGAAUAGAACAUGUUCUAAAGAUAAGAUGCUGACUCUUCACAUUUUACUCUAUUUUAAAAUGGUUUAAGAUUAGUAUUUGAUGUAUUUAUUUGAAUUUGUAGUUCAACUGUCAUUAUAGAUUGAAUAAUAUGUGUGCAUGUUUUUUGUGUGUUUCCCAUGGGUCCAUUCAGAAGUAAAAGUUUGAAGCUGGAAGAAGCUGCUCAACACAGCAAGUCUAUGGGUGACUUAUUGAAGAAUAUAUUCAGUAAAGAGAAUGACGUCCUCAUUGACAUGCCUGAGUGGGGUCAUGGGUCUGUCUCUGGCACCAAACAACAACUGGAAAGUGAGGUGAAUGAUCUUCUAUUCAGCCUUUUUUUAAUGUCAAUCCUCUGUAUCCUGGAGUUUUAAUACUCUAUGUAGUGAGUGUGUGGGUUUCCUAACAGUAGCUGCGCUGUUUUCUGUUCUUUUUGAAGUGCCAAACAGCUGAUUUCACUUAAAAGAAAAGAAAAACCUGUAAGAAAGUAUUAGACACCCCUCAGAGUAACGUGAAAUAAACAAAAAGCACAAGCACAGAAAAUAUGAAGAUAAGAUCAAAUAAGAUUAAAAAUGUUGAAUCAACUCUUCUCUUAAACAGUGUCAAAAAGGGUAAUGGUCUUAUUCUUAGUUAUAAUCUGGGCAAGCCAUCCAUGCCAGCAGAUGAUAUUGUUAUUUUAGGUCAUAAAUAUGUGAAGUAUUCAAAUAAAUUGGAAUACAAUGACAGGCGUUUGUCAUUGAGUUGUUUCCAUAACAAGAACAUUUAAGACUCUGUGGUACAAAUGUGGUGUGAAUGUUACACAAUGCAGCAGAUCUUCAAUCACAUUAUUUAUUGCGAUGUUAAUUACUUCACCAUAUUUUCAUUUCUCGAGUUAAGAAUAUUUUCUUUAAUCUAUAUCUGUCUCUUAUUCUUAACACUGUUCAGGUCAGCGCUGAAGCACAGACCGUGGAUGUGACGGAGCAGGAUGAGAGUUAUAACAGCCUGCUGUUUGCUCCACCUUCACACCUCACAUGGCUGGAGAGCAGACGAGAGGCGGUCAGUGACUACUGUGCUGUAAUAGUUGUAGUGGUAGCAUAACAUCUGGAUCAUAUUGACUGUGUUUAGAUGCUUCUCUCACUUAUCUACUACAUUACUGUCUAAGCAUUACGAAAGUCUCUUUUGCACCUGAGUGCGAUGUCUAAAAAACCAGCUGUGUUGCUUUUGGCACACAUCUACGAUUUACAACACCUUGAUUUAGUAUCGUCUAUUAUCAUAUAGUGAUAACAAUAAAUCUAUUAGCGAAUACUCAGGUUGCUGUAAAGCAGAUAAGCAUUUACAACUUAGUCACAUGACGGUUUCUUGAUAAUAAAAAGGAACUAAAGGUGUGGCAGCAUUUGAAUGGUGGGUUUUACACCUGGAAGAUAAUCGCCCACAGGAAACAAGCAGAGGUUCUCUACUUUUAUGCUUCAACAUGCUUUGGCUCACGUGGACUGGGAGUGCUUCUGUUUGAGUCAAGCUGCAUCAUGUUGAAAACAAAGUGGUAGACGGCACAUCAAUUACUUUCCCCCUGAAUUAGGGUUUAAUAAUUUGGGGUUAUUUCUGCUUAAGGUGUUUGUGUUGUGUUUGUGGAGAUGCGGUGGUAUAAUUAAGCACAGUUUAAUUCCAACUCUGUCAAUAUGUUGUCAGAGUUUAAAUAUCUCUCUCGUUUACAAUCUGUAUGUUUUGAAACAGGUUAUAAAAGAAGAGAAUGAACGAUAUGCCGAGACAAAGCAAGCUAUGAGGAAAUCGAUCAAAGAGUUACGCGACACUGUAAGUUUGGUUACGUAUUUGUCAUCUCAUGAGUUUUUGAACAAGCAGAACGUCAUCACAUUGAAAAAAAACUUGCUUACUAAACAUCUACAGUGCAUGUAAGCAAAAAUCCAGCAUCAUUGACACGUUUAGCUCAUGCUUUUUAAUUUAGUAUAGACUCGUCUCUGUAAUCAAAUACAGCAGCUCCCCACCCAAGGAAACCCACACACACACAGUAAAUUAGAAAAGCAAAUCAUAGUUAUCAUGGUGUUAAAAACAAUCAAAGGCUCAAGUCCGAAAGCUGUGUGCAAAUGCGCAAAAAAUUGCAUGAUUUCUAAGAAGAAUCGUCUGUGUAUACAAGAAAGAAGACUGAAAUAAAAGGCUAUGAAGUCAUCCACUCAAAACUAGUACAAAGAAAAUGUAACCCCACUUUCAAUCUCAAAUCUUAAACUUCUGUUUCUGCUUAGAGUUGGAGCACAACAGAAAAAAACUAAUUCUGCAACAACAAAAAUGUUAUAUUUGUUGAGAUGUUUGAAAUUGUCCAGUUAAGGCACAAAUGAUGUUAGCGGCUGAGCUUGUGUCGUCAGAUCCAGGAGAUGAUGCGUGAGAAUGAAACCCUCCCGGACAUUCAGCGCCUUGAACUGCAUGAAUUUAACCUGGAUGUCAAGGAGCAGAGAAGACUCAAGGCCAUGGUGGAGCAGGAAGUUAUCAACGUAAUCCACACGCAUGAAAGCAAUGAACCUGAAAUUUGGCCCCAGGAUCAUGUUGGUUGUGAUAUUAAAUAUAUUUUUUGUAUUAUAGGUAAAAGAAGAAAUCGAAUGGGAGAUGUUGGCAAAGUGUUACCUCCGUGAUGUCCUAAAGAAAGAGUGUUGGGAUUCAAUGAAGGUCAAAGGAAAGGCCAUUCAGGUCAGGUGUCUCAGAAACAAGCGCUUCAUUAUCACAGUAUCUCAUGAUCAGUUUUGAGAGCUCUUUAUUACUUCUCCUGCAGGCCUUUUACUCUGAGCACAAGGUGAAAAACUACCCUCUGAAGGAGCGAACAGAGAAAGAGGAGGAGGACCUUCGCAGGGUUCAGUAUUUAAGGAAGUUUGAAAAAGCUGCUGACACCGUAAGCAAAACGGAUUCACAGGCCUGAACAGCCUGCGGUUUAGAUUCCUGUCAACACGGCAAAUAGAAGCACGUGUGAUGAGUUAGAAAGCAAUCGAUGAUUGUUGUUUUUAAUUUGAAACAGAUAUGCAGCAUGCAGCGUCAAGUACGCAUUUAAACUUUGACUUUAAGCUGUGACAGUGCAGCCUCUUCAGCACGGGGGAGUUUACUCUCUGGCAAUACGUUUUAUGGUCAAAGAAUUCAAGUCAAAACAGGUUUACAGCUGGAAAGUAAUUUGAUGCUUUGCAUCACAGUCCUAUGUGUGACCUCUCUCUGCCGUAAAUUCGUAAAUGCUUGAAUCUGUGCCAAUCCACCAGUGCUGAAACUAUUCUGGAUUUAUAGCUAUGUGGCCAGAGGAGAGUUGUUAAGAUAGUUCUUGUCACUAUAAUAUUCUUGGGUUGGAGUUUAUAAUCACACAGCCUCAGAUUCACUCCCCAACACUUCUCCCAGCCUUCUCAUUCAAUGUUAUUCUCUCCACCUUUUAACUUUGCAGAGCCGCUUAAAGAAAAGUUCCAGCAUACCGGGAGAGACGGAGGAAGAGCAGAGAGAGGAAGGUCGGGGGGCAGAGAGUGCCGCCUUAACAGGAAGUUUCUCCACUCAGCUGGGAUAUUCAAACCCCGACAUUUAUGAUCAGUUCAGCCUGCAAACCACCGAACAGUGGAUCAACCAGAUGAUUCUGCUGCAGGUGGGAAACUGUUAUAUAAGUGCAGGAGUGUGAAACUUACACGGUUCUCUUCAAAACCAAGCAUACCCAGGCAAUGAGGAAAUUACAAAAACAAAGAAAGUAUUAAAAUGACCACAUUGAAAGCAGUGUUAGCAGUUUAUAGGAGCUAGUUUCCGUCAUCUUAAUCAUGAAUAACAUCCUGUCAAAUUUUACUCUGGGUGCAGGAUGUGAUCUAUCGCAUCAAGACUGGGUUCAACGCUGACUUUGAGGCCGUGCACAAACAGAAGGUGCAGGAAAUCGGCCGUGUGAGGGACAGAAACCGGCAAAUCAGGGAGAUCAUGCUGGAACUGGGUAUGAAUGAGACGCUGUGGGAGCCAAGCCUGACCGUCAGCGAGUGGCCAGAGAGGCUGCUCACCGUGGACGACUCUGAGGUGACUGACCUCUUCCUGAAAAAUUAAAAAAAACAUACACUUGACGAAGUUCACAUUGAGUUUAAGAAACACAACAUGCACAUUAAGCCAUCUGUUUUUCUGUUUGUGUGUUCUUUAUCCAAAGUGUUUUCACACUGUUUUACCAAAGAAACGUUCCCCUUUGUCCUUCUCUAGAUAACAGCAGAAAAAUAUCUCACCCCAGAACAGAAAGAGGAGGAGGAGAGGAAGAAGCUGGAGGAGCAGAAACGUUUGGCUGCCAAAGUACAAUGAAAAUGCUAUGAAUAUGUUUCUGAUUUUAAACUCUUGUUUGUUUACUUCACUGUGAAAGCAACAGUCUCAGAGGAAGAGGAACAUAUUUAAAACAUUUAACAAACAGAAAUGGAAUAUAUUAAAAUCUCCUUGUGCAUUCCUUAGUAAAAAUAGCUGAUUUUUUUCAUAUUUUCAUCUUGUUUUGUCUUUUUUUUCACAGGGGGAUAACAUCAGAGAUAGAGCUCUUGAUGAUAUGAUGGAUGGAGCACUUGAAGUGAAAAAAGAGAACAUCUUGGCAAAGGUGAGUAAAACUGGGGCACACACUCCAUGGACAGAGACUGUAGUCCUCAAGUGGGCUACCCGGGUUUGAUUUGGGUCUGUGGCUCCUUUCCCUCAUGUCACUCCCCACACCUUCUCAUCAGAAGAACAGAUACACGUCAGUAAAAGCAGAAACACUUCAGCAAAUGUUUGACAUUCUUAAAAGUGUAGGUCGUAGUAUUUGGAGGCAUUUAGCAGAGCAGACUUGAAUGAAUCAGAGUUUAAUAAUCUGGACAUAAAAACUAUUUUGUGUUAACUACAUUUACAUGGGAGCAGGUCCCCUUCCAAGAGGGCCAUAACCUUGGCCUGCCUUGUUUCUACAGAGGCACAGAGAGGAUAAAAAAGUGGUAUAUGCAUUAUUGUGUUUCAUGGGUGGAUGCUCGAAAUGCACAAACUGGAAGACAAAGAAGAGAGUGAUUAAUUGUUGUGGCAAAGGUAUUAGCAGUGAUAGAUGUUUUUUACUUCAAACUUGACAAACAAAGGAUCAUAGUUACCAUGCAUCACAGAAGACCCUUGCCCUCAAACAGCACCUUUGCUUCACCAACUGGUCGGGUGAGCGAGGGAGUAUUUCAGUCCAGAAUCAGUCUGCCAGAUAUCACUGAAUAUUCCCAUUUCAACAUGCUGUACCUUUAAAGCCAGACUUCUGAAUAUUCUCUUAUUUCAUCUUAAAUAUAAAGAUCUGUUAAUUGCCUCUUUAAAGAUUUUAAUCAAUUAAGUAUUUUUUAUUUUAUUUAAUAAUUUAUUUGUUUAAAAAAAGUAUAGUUGAAUAGAUAAAGACAAGCGUAACCCUAACAUUUAUGUCAUUUUUAAUAUAAUUUGACUGCGGAGUUUCCCAAGAGUUUAAUCCAGAUUACAUUAGAAAGUUUUGGCGUUAAGAACAAUAACAGAGCUACCUCCUGCAAGAAAUUCUUGUCACAUCUCACUGUGGCCAAAUGAAGCAUGAGUCCUCACCAGACAGGCAAAUAAUGGCAUUUUUUGUGACUUCAUUCUUUUCUAAACAGUGUCAGUAAAAUUAGACAAAUCAGCACAAAGGGGCACAUACUUUCUAUUGACUCCACUCCACAGGAAAUACCUCCGCCUGAGUUUGUUUUGAACAAACCUUCGACCAAAUGGACUGAGGAGGAGAAAAAACUCUAUAAAGAGUAUAAAGAUAAAGCCGAAGAUCUGAGUGAGGAGAAAAACAAAUACAGACAGGUAUUACAGUUGUUUUAUUCAUGUCUCUGUUUUUCUCUGAUCAGAAAGUUUUCAAUAUAAAUCAGCUGUCAUCUGAUUUUUUUUUUAGCUUCUGGAAGGUGAAAUAAAAAAACUGCAGGCAGCCACCAAGGAUGCAACAGAGAGGUUCGAUGAAAUGGUGAAACAGCUGUUCGAGAGGAAACUAAAAUGUGAAAUGGCUGUACAGCAGGUGAGCCAACACAGUAAACUCACCGCACACACGCGUGUGACACAUGGUUGGACUAAUAAAACACACUCACAAACACACAUGAAAUUAACAUGCUUCACAUUGUUUCAUUUUGUCACUUUUUCCUCACAGAAGGUGAAGGGCUCUUUCUCCUCAUUGUAAAAAUGGAUGCAUGAACUCUUGAAUCUGUGAAACCUUUAUAUAUAUCCUGUUCUUUAUGCUUCUUUUUUUCCAGGAAGAGCUCAAGAUCACUUACCUCGCCUAUUCUGUCCUCAUCAAAAGAGAGAUGAGAAAUCGAGAGCUGGAGCUCAAGGUCAAGCUUGCAAAAACGGUGGCAUACAAGGUCAGAAAACGUUUUCACUGUAAGACUGAAGGGGUUUUGACUGUCGCCUCCAGUCUUGUCAUAUCAACAUGUAUUUUUCCGGCAGGAUGAAAUUAGUGAGCAGCUGAAGAAACAUGAAGAUGAAGUCGAGUUGUUCAAUAAGAACUAUGACACCAUUGUAGCUGAGGACAGAGUAAGCCAGCUGAUAAAAUACUUCAUAAGACAUAAACAGACUGAAGGUCAGUGUACUCACAGAGGGUACUAAAUCUCUCCUUGUCCUUCAAGGUUCUUGAUAAAGAAUUCAGGAAGGAGUUCCUCAAUGUUUCCGGCCGCAUGGUUGAUCAACUUUAUAAGUUAUUCAAACGUAGACCCAGGUGAGUAAUACUCAACACUCAACGAGUGACAUUUUACUGUAUUUAGGAUUACACUGUUAAAGCAGACACCAUCUUUCAUACCUUAGGGUUCAGACGAUGAGGACCCAGACUGACAACUCCAACCCAUUGAAAGAGCAACGUCUUUGUGGUUCUCUGGCUCCUGAUGCACUUGGAAAAAUGCUGAAGGCGAUGGAAGAGCUGGAUGCUCCAGAGAAUAUGCCAGAGGGUUUGAACGGCUCAGUCUGGGAGAAGUUUUGUCUUGUCCGCAGAACAAAAGUAGAGAGCGAGCAAAAGGUAAAACGAGGACACGGACAGGUUAACUUGGCAGGAAAUGCAAAAAAGGAUUGCUUCACACAGACUUUUCCCUUUGUUGAUGUAAAAUCAGCUCAUCAUUUUCUAAUCUGUUGACUUUUGAAUCUCUUUAAACCUUUUUUUUUUUUACAUACCAGUGUUGUUAUGUACAGACCAGCUCAUGAACUGCCUUUGUCUUUAUGCCAUUUGCAGGUGAAAUCAAAUGCUUUAAUUCUUGCUGAGAUGCAAGCAUUCCUACAGAAGAGGAGAGAUGAGGAUAAAGCUGCUCACCAGGAAAUUGAAAAUAUAUUUGAUGAGCUUGAGCGGUAUGAAUGUGCCAACCCUCCUGAUCAUUAGCAGCUGUCAUUGUUUUCAUGUUUAUACUUGUAUAAAAAAUGUGAAGAAUGUCUUGAGGGGCACUUUUGGCCUCACUGUUUCAGUCUAACUCGGUGUUACAGUGUGUUUGAACCUUAAUUAAUUCUAUGCAAUAUCCCUUUAAUUUGAAAAAUGUCUGAUUCUGUGUAAUGUAUGUUAACAGUGUUUUUGUAAUUCUGCCGCCUUCUAGUUUGCAUAAAGAAAAGAACUGUUUCCUGAUGGACACUAUGGUUCAGGUUCUGCUCAAACCUGACCAGGUGAAGGUUCCUGUCGCAAACAUGACUGCUGACUACACUGACUCAGUGCUUUACCCCUUGAGUGUGGUGGAGGGUCUCAAUGGAACCAUCAGGGUCAGCUCACACCAGACACACACCUAUUGAAAAACAAGGAUAUUUAGUCUCACAGUUAACUUUUUUAGAAGUACAGUUGCAUGCACACUUAAUACUUGAUUCAAGCAACCAAAGUCAAGUAUUGCUUGAAUCUCUUUGAGUCUUUGAAUCAUUUUCAUCUCUAUGAUCAGACCCUUGGAAAGCAGAAGAUUGCCUCUAUGGUGGAGUGCAAAGACUUCCGUAAAGGUAUCAUCCAGCUUCAGUGGGAGCACAGGAGGGUGGCGAUGCAGAUAGAGGACCUCGAAAACAAGAAGAGGGACAUUCAGAGGUUAAGACUCUCAAAGGAACAACAGGAUGUGAGUAUACUGAAACUACUAUGCACGUGGAUCUUUUGUUUUCACCUGUAAGUAGCUUGGAAUCAGUAUGGAAAUUGAAACUUAACACUUUGUGAUAAUGCUGCUUUGUUCUAGUAGAUAGAUUAUUCUGUAAACAUAAAUCAGACGGGAUAAUUAUGUGUCAAAAGUUCACCAUCUGCUCGAAAGGACAAUGAAACCUCAACAUUUGGGGGUGAAACUUGAGCUCCGUUUGCGUUCCUGGCCAAACCUCAGUCAGUGAUAUGAAGGCAGGUAUUUCGGUUUUGGCAGCAUCAGAUGUUUUUCAGAGCAGAAAAUUGUUACCAUCCCUGAAUACAGAAGGAUGAUCUAUCACAAACACACCCUUUUCAGCCAGGCUCCACACCCUGUUUUUUUUUUAACCUGCAUCUUUCAAGAUUUUCUCCAAAUAAGCAAAGACUUAGCUUAGAUACUAUAAGAAUGUUUCCUUUAUUCAGGUUUUAACACAUCAGCCAUGUUUCUGCAAUAGUUUAAACAUUAGGUCAACACAGACGCUUCUUCCGUCAAUCCAAUGCAGUUUAAUUAAAUGCAGACCACUGAACUUGACAAGCAGACACUUUGCUCUGGGUUGGAAUUAAUCUAUUCCCUUAAACACAUUGAGCACACAAGAAAUCAAGUUAGUGAUGGAGAAAAAAACAGAGUUAGGUGAUGGUUGAACUAUGAAAAAUACAUAAAAAUUAAAUGACUCAUCUACAAUCAGUUUUUUCGUGCCACGGCAUGGCACACACAAACACGUUUCCUGGCGUGGAUGCCAGUUUCCUGUCAAACUGUUCAGGUGGCUCUGCUGAGGCGUGGCAUGCAGCUUCCUCUCAUUGUUUAGGCCCUUUGUAGCCUUGAGAAAUAAAAAAUGACUAAAAAUCCCAUCCUGAACAUUUUCAGAUCAGUUUUUUUGUUGGAUCUGUCAACAAAAAAUCUUGACCAAAUACCCAAAACACCCCACACAGAAACUCAAUCAUCUUUUUCUGUUUGUUUUGUUUCAACGUCCUCUUUGUGUAUGACACUUUUCUCCUUUUCUUUGCAGUAUCUCGACAAUACAGAUCAAGACAGUCGAGUAUCCAAGCAGGUUUCCACUCUAAUGACAACUAUAGCUUUCCAGGAGCAGGUAACAGAAAAUAUCUCUUCAGUAGGAUCCCAACUGUAUAUUUGGAUAUAUAUUUUCCAAAUGUACAGCGAAUAUUAUUCUUUCUUUUCAGGCUCAUCAACAGAGCGUGCAACUUCGUGAAAAAAAGAUUGAACAGCUCAACAGGCAGGCAGCAAUCAUAGCAAAGGAGGCUAAAGUUGUGGAUCAGCAGCUACCUGAAAUGCAGAUUGCUGUGGCAGAGAGGAGACACAUCUAUGAAGAAAAUGGUAAUUCAAAAUAUAGUGAAUUUGACAUUCCGAAGGAGAUGACAGUAAAGAAGAGAUACUGAGUAAAUGUGAUGACCUCAACCGCAUUUAUCAUUAUUUUUAAUCUUUAGUUAUCAUUUAAGUACAAUGGUCUUGAAUGGGUUUUUAGUGGGAGAUGUAUGUUUAAGCUACUUUUUACUUUGAGUAAAUUUACAGUGGGGCCUGAUCAUUUUCACUUUUACUUCAGUGAAGAAGUUGAGCCAGUACUUCUACUUUUCCUUUUUUUUCUUAAAGAUGUUUGUUCUCUGCUGCCACUUUUGCUGAUAAUGUUGCAUGUCUUUUGGUGUUAAGCUGUAGAAGAAAAUCAGGCCGCCACAGCAGAAGAGUGCUACCAGGAAAUUGUCCAGAGGUCGAAUUUGAAGGAAUUUGCCAAAGCGCUGGAGGACGACCUGACCAUCCUUAGGGCAGAGGUGGAGCGUCUACGGUUGAGCAAUUUCCCUUCGAUUAAUGAACUAAAAUACUAA